AGACAACGGAUUUGUAACAAUCCAACAUGAGUCCAGGUCAACCUCAGAAGCAAUACCUUUACGAAAGCCCCGAGUAUGUCGCCGCCUCCUUGGGGCUUCCGCAGUCGAUGGCGCAGCCUUCCAUGGUCACGUACCGCUCCGUCGGAAUCGGCAUAUUUGGAGCCACCAUGCGUCUCAUCGGUAUGCCGUUGGAGAAGAUUGCCCUCUUUAUGAACUCGUCCCAAGUAGCUGGGAAGGGUCAAUUCGCGCAAGCUGUCAAGCUCACCUUUCAAGAAGGGUACUUGGCGCCCUACAGAGUGGUUGGUAAAGCGUCCAUGACGGCCUGGUUUCUCCAGUACAGCGUGAUGGGAGUGGCUUUUCAAUUCUUCGACCACGGUAUCAGCCAGCUCCUCGGCGUCAAACCGGUCUGGUACGGCAAGGAACUCAUGGAACCUGCCGUCACGGAAGAUCGCUCUUUCGACUACAAAGUUCGUUCCGCACUAGCCCGCGUCACCUCGCCGAUGCUGGCUGCUUGCUUGGAAAGCUCCGUUUCCAACCGCGCCGAGGCCCAACGUUUCUUUGGUCCCAAGGAGUCUUUGGCAAUGGAAAAGAAGUUUGGGCUGGGGCUAGCGACGCGCACACUCGGACCGGCCUUUCUCCCCAACGCUAUGCGCAACGUUAUCAUGUGUCAAACAUCCUUUUUGCUGACACCCAUCACUUACAAACUUUACUUUCCGCAAGAGCAAAAAAACAAGGCCACGCUUUUCUGGUAUGGACUCACUAUGAAUAUUUUCAUCGGCAAUGUCGUGGCUAUUACACAACAGGCCCUGUGGGGUCGUUCAUUGGAUUACUUCAAAGAACACGGCAAAAUCGAAUACCGAAAAGUCGUGCAGCAAGGCUUGCAGAAAGACGGGAUGGCGGCUUUUUUUACGGGUCCCAAAUGGUUCUCGCGUGUUUUGAUGAACGCUCCAGCUCAAGGAACCUUACCGUGGUUCUAUAACGAAGUUUUGCCGCUCGGUGAACGUACGGCCUUGACACUGGUCAAGACAUGCUUGUACGACACGUUUCUCAAAGAUUCAGUAGUGGCCCCCGAAAACUCUACGCGUGUCCCCUUACAACGACGAAGAUCGAGUUUGGGUAGUUUGGCGACGGCCCAUCCAGAAUUUAUUGAAACAAGUGACGACGAAGAUGAUGUGACAGUCAAGCGGCACACGACCAAAGAGUUAAAAGCGUUUUCGAGUGCUCAUUCCGAAUUCAAGGACGAUGCUGCUCCCGCGGCAUUGACGGCCAACUCACCGAGAUAA